UGUCAAGUGAAUUUAUUAUUUUGUAACAGCAAGUAUACAAUGAUUGUACACUAAAAUAGUUACAUUUGGUCAAUAGUUGUUAUUAGUUAGUGUUAUGGAAUGGCAGUGGCUCAAGGAUUGGUGGCGUUUGAAACGUUGGAGGAACAAGAAAACUAAGGAGCAAAGUGAUGAUGAGUUUUGUUAUUGUGAUGAGUGUUUACCAGAUGGCGAACUGGAUGUUUGCGAGUCUCUCGACCCCAACGGAGAUGGCGGAGGCAAGAAAGUCGUGGUCGGAGUCUGCGCUAUGGCCAAGAAGUCGCAGUCGAAACCCAUGAAGGAGAUCUUGACUCGGCUGGAUGAGUUUGAAUACAUAAAGAUGCUGGUCUUCCCUGAGGAGGUUAUACUUAAGAAGCCGGUGGAGGAAUGGCCGAUUUGCGAUUGUUUGAUAUCAUUUCAUUCCAAGGGCUUCCCGCUAGACAAGGCUAUAAACUACGAAAAAUUACGAAAGCCUUAUGUCAUAAAUAAUCUUCAUAUGCAGUAUGAUAUUCAGGAUCGCCGACGAGUAUAUGCUAUAUUAGAAAAUGAGGGUAUUGAGAUUCCACGGUAUGCUGUCUUAGACAGAGACUCUUCAGAUCCUAAACACCACGAGUUGGUGGAGUCAGAGGACCACGUGGAAGUGAACGGUGUGGUGUUCAACAAGCCGUUCGUGGAGAAGCCAGUGUCGGCCGAGGACCACAACAUAUACAUUUAUUACCCGACGUCCGCGGGAGGAGGCAGUCAACGACUCUUUAGGAAGAUUGGCAGUCGCAGUAGUAUAUAUUCACCGGAAUCUCGAGUAAGGAAGACUGGCUCCUUUAUAUAUGAAGACUUUAUGCCUACUGAUGGCACAGAUGUAAAAGUAUACACAGUGGGGCCGGACUACGCGCACGCGGAAGCUCGCAAGAGUCCGGCACUGGACGGAAAGGUGGAACGAGACUCGGAGGGCAAGGAGAUACGUUACCCUGUGAUACUCUCCAACCAGGAGAAACUCAUAUCUAGGAAGGUUUGCUUGGCGUUCAAGCAGACCGUUUGCGGCUUUGAUCUCUUGAGAGCGAACGGCAAGUCGUUUGUAUGCGACGUGAACGGCUUCUCAUUCGUCAAAAACUCGAACAAAUACUAUGACGACUGUGCGAAGAUUCUCGGUAACAUGAUUCUGCGGGAGCUAGCGCCCACGCUGCAUAUUCCGUGGUCCGUGCCCUUUCAGCUCGACGACCCACCCAUAGUGCCCACCACCUUCGGGAAAAUGAUGGAGCUCCGCUGUGUGGUGGGUAUCAUCAGGCACGGAGACAGGACGCCCAAGCAGAAGAUGAAAGUGGAAGUCAGACACCCCAGGUUCUUUGAAAUAUUUGAGAAGUACGAGGGUUUCAAGCGCGGUCACGUGAAGCUGAAGAAACCCAAGCAGCUACAGGAGAUCUUGGACAUCUCCCGCGCCCUGUUGGCCGACAUCCACACGCGCCACGCCGACCCUGAGAUCGAGGAGAAGCAGGGGAAGUUGGAGCAACUGAAGAGUGUGCUAGAAAUGUACGGGCACUUCUCCGGCAUCAACCGCAAGGUGCAGAUGAAGUACCAGCCGCGAGGGAGGCCGCGGGGCUCCUCCUCCGACGACGGUAACCCGCCUGCCACACCUGGCCACGUAGGGUGCCCGGCCGAACCUUCUCUGGUGUUGAUACUGAAGUGGGGUGGAGAGCUGACGCCGGCGGGCAGAAUACAGGCUGAGGAGCUGGGCAGAAUGUUCCGCUGUAUGUACCCAGGCGGGCAGGGCAGACACAUACCAGGUGAAGCUGGCACCCAAGGUCUAGGAUUACUUCGGCUCCACUCCACGUUUCGUCACGACCUGAAGAUAUACGCCUCUGAUGAGGGCCGGGUGCAGAUGACAGCAGCCGCAUUCGCGAAGGGGCUCUUAGCCUUGGAGGGAGAGCUGACUCCGAUCCUCGUGCAGAUGGUCAAGUCGGCGAACACUAACGGACUGUUGGAUAACGAUUGUGAUUCCUCGAAAGUGCAGAAUAUGGCCAAGGCGCGGCUCCACGAGGCGAUGCAAGCGGAGCGCCAGUUCACGGGCGAGGACCGCGCGCGCAUCAACCCGUGCGCCUCGCUCAGUAUCACGGCGGCAAUGGACUUCGUGAAGCACCCCGUACGCUGCUGCGCGCACGUGCACCAGCUCAUCCAGCAGCUCGUGAAGAUCGUACUCACCAAGAAGGACGACCCCAAGACCAAAGACACAAUUCUUUACCACGGCGAGUCGUGGGAGCUGAUGGGACGGCGCUGGGGCAAGAUCGAGAAAGACUUCUGCACGAAGAACAAGUCGUUCGACAUAUCGAAGAUCCCGGACAUCUACGACUGCAUCAAGUACGACCUGCAACACAACCAGCACACGCUACAGUUCGACCAGGCUGAGGAGCUGUACAUGUACGCCAAGUACUUGGCCGACAUCGUUAUACCGCAGGAGUACGGGUUGACAAUGCAAGAGAAACUGACGAUAAGUCAAGGGAUAUGUACGCCGCUACUGAAGAAGAUCCGAGCAGACCUGCAGAGGAACAUAGAGGAGUCUGGCGAGGAGAGUGUUAAUAGAUUAAAUCCCAGGUACAGUCACGGCGUGUCCAGUCCCGGAAGACACGUUCGUACCCGACUGUACUUCACCAGUGAAAGUCAUGUGCACUCACUGCUGACUGUACUGCGGUUUGGUGGUCUGCUUGACGUUAUGAAAGAUGAGCAAUGGCGGCGCGCAAUGGAAUACGUGUCGAUGGUGUCGGAGCUCAACUAUAUGUCUCAGAUUGUUGUGAUGCUGUACGAAGAUCCAACCAAAGAUCCCUACUCCGAAGAGAGAUUCCACGUUGAGUUACACUUCAGUCCAGGAGUGAACUGUUGCGUGCAGAAGAACUUGCCGCCGGGCCCUGGCUUCAGGCCUCAUAGUCGCAAUCACUCCACAGCUAACAAUGAGCAGUCGUCACCAGAUGAGGUGAAAUGUAUAGAAGAAGAAGAAGUUGAGGACGACCAGAUGGCAAGUCAAGAAACACUGCAACCAGAUGUUAUAGACGAGUUGGAGUGCAGUUUUGGAUCGACAAAGUCUUCCAAGUCUAAACUAAGACCGUCAGAUCCAAUACCAAUAUGUGUAUAUAUUGCAACUGACUUCAGCAAUCUGCAUUACACGUUGAGCGGACACGAGGCGUCCUCGCUGGCAGCCCGACUCAACGAAGAGCUGCGGGCGAGGACCCAGCGGACUGCACAGAGUGAAGAGAAGGAAGUGAAGGAAACAGAAGAUCCGCAGCCGCGAGCUCGGAGCUACGACCAACACAAACAAGGGCCCGACAAUGCGGUCGCCAGAGGUCGCCACGUGCGCUACAGAUUACACGCUAUUCAUUGGUAUGCUAUUGAGCACUCUGACCAUACCUAUUAUAUAUAUUGUAACAAAUCACAUGACGGACUUUCUUUCAAUUAUCCACCUUAAUAUCUUGUUUUUGCUAUAGAAGUAUACUUUAUAUAUUCAAAUUCAAAUAUUUUUUAUUCAAAAUAGGAUGUGAAAUCACUUAUUGAAAGUCAAAAAAACUACCACCCAUUCGAAAGUGAAUGCCUCAGGCCUGAGAAGAAUGGGCGCAACAAACUCAGCGGGCUUUUUUUUCAUCAAAAAUAUGUUUUACAAUUAAAGUAACAUUGUACAAUUAAACUUAUUAUUUAAUAGCCUGAGGGCGGUCGCUCCAUUCCCAAUCUGUGGUAUCAUUAAGAAAGUCAUUUAUGUUAUAGUAACCUUUACCACACAAACGUUUUUUAACAAUUCUUUUGAAUAACGUAACACCUUUGUUUUGCACAUUUUCUGGGAUCUUGUUGUAAAAGCAUAUACAUCGCCCUACAAAAGACUUACUAACUCGACUUAGCCGAGUAGUAGGCAUCAUCAGUUUAUGUCUGUUCCUGGUGUUAACAUUAUGGUUAUGACAGUUUCUGGCAAAUUCACUUAUGUGCCUAUGAACAUACAUUACAUUAUCAAGAAUAUAUUGAGAAGCAACAGUCAAGAUGUUAAUUUUGCUCUCAAUGAUUCUCUAGGACCUAGGUUAUAAAUAGCGCGAAUAGCCCUCUUCUGCAGCACAAAUAUUGUAUUAAUAUCGGCAGCGUUGCCCCAUAGCAAUAUACCAUAGGACAUAAUACUAUGGAAAUAACUAAAGUAUACUAGUCGCGCCGUAUCUAUGUCAGUUAAUUGUCUAAUUUUUUUAACCGCGUAUGCUGCAGAACUAAGUCUGUUCGCCAAUCCUUCAAUAUGGGGGCCCCAUUGUAAUUUGGAAUCUAGACUUAUGCCAAGAAAUAUAGCAGAUUCCAUCGGUUCUAUCACCUUUCCAUUUAACAAAACAUUUGCAUUUACAUUUUUGACAUUUGGUACGGUAAAUUUAAUGAAUUUAGUUUUCUUGCUAUUUAACAAUAGGUUAUUAGCGCUAAACCAGUACACGAUGUCAGAUAAAAUAUCGUUCACUUCGUCAUACAUAGCUUGGUUUCUUUUCACUUUGAAAAUCAGUGAAGUGUCGUCCGCAAACAAUACUACCUUAUGUUUUUUCUCUAUAAGAUUAGGAAGAUCAUUUAUAUAGAUAAGGAAGAGGAACGGUCCAAGAAUAGACCCUUGUGGUACCCCCAUACUGAGAGGAGUCCCAGGAGAUCUCCUGCCAUUCACGUCGACCCUCUGAAUUCUAUUGUUUAGAUAUGAAGUCAGAAGAUCGAGCGCAGUUCCUUUUAUGCCAUAGUGGUAUAGCUUCCUGACCAGCGUUGAAUGUUGAACACAAUCAAAAGCCUUAGAUAAAUCACAGAAGAUGCCAAGUGCAUUCUGCGAUUCCUCCCAGGCAUCAAAAAUAUUCUUGAUCAGCCCAACACCUGCAUCCGUUAUUGAACGUCCCCUAGUAAAGCCAAAUUGUUUCAAAUGAAGUAACUUAUGAGAGUUAAAGUAAGUAAGCAUUUGGCUUAAAAUUAUUUUUUCAAAAAUUUUACUAAGGAUCGGGAAAACCGACACAGGACGAUAGUUGUUCGGGUCAGAAGAGCAUCCCGACUUAAAUAUUGGUGUAAUUUUACUAUGUUUCAGAAGGUCAGGAAACACGCCACGAUUAAUACAAUU